UGAGUUGGGUUAUAGUUGAAGAGUCAAUUUCAUGUGUCCAUAUAUACCUAGCUAUCUAUUACAGCAACUCACUUCCAUUUUCUGCAACUCUACUAUUUCAUCUCUACUCAAUUCAACCAACAUUUUCUUUUCUUUUCUUUUCCUUGUUUGUUUUCUUACCAAGCUAGCAAUCACGGAUUUCCCUAAUCAAGAAUCGGAAGGCCCUUCCGGCCAGAGGAAAACGGGAAGGGGAAAGAUCGAAAUCAAGCGAAUCGAAAACACGACGAAUCGUCAAGUUACCUUCUGCAAACGUAGAAAUGGUUUGCUUAAGAAAGCUUAUGAAUUGUCUGUUCUUUGUGAUGCUGAAGUUUCUCUCAUUAUCUUCUCCACUCGUGGCCGUCUCUAUGAAUAUUCUAACAACAGUGUGAGGGGAUCAAUUGAAAGGUAUAAGAAAGCCUGUUCUGAUUCCACAAAUCCACAAUCUGUUUCUGAAGUCAAUACUCAGUUCUACCAACAAGAAUCCACCAAACUCCGCAGGCAAAUUCGAGAAAUUCAAAAUUUAAACAGGCAUAUUUUGGGUGAGGCACUUAGCACUUUGACAUUUAAGGAACUCAAGAACUUAGAAGGCAGAUUGGAGAAAGGAAUCAGUAGAAUCAGGUCCAAGAAGAAUGAAAUGCUAUUUGCUGAAAUUGAGUACAUGCAGAAAAGGGAGAUUGAGCUGCAAAAUGACAACAUGUACUUGCGGGCAAAGAUAUCUGAAAAUGAGAGAGCACAACAGCAACAUCAGGAGCAGCAACAGCAACAGGAUCAGGAAACAAACAUGAUGACAGGUUCUGUGUACGAAUCUGUUCCGUCGCAGCAAUUUGAUCGGAACUUCUUCCCUGUAAACCUCCUCGAACCCAAUCAUCACUACUCUCGAGCUGACCACACCGCUCUUCAACUAGUUUAAUAAAUGAUGGAUAUGGUGCAUGGGUACGGAAUAAAUGUCAUAUCCAAAGUAAAGGGCUAAGGCGAAAAGUUAUUAGUGAACAGAAUUUGGACUUUGAUAUUAAAAAACAAGUCUUGUAAUGAUACUCCUAAAAUUAAUAGUAUGAUGAACAUAGUAAAUUUCCAGGCCAUCUAAGGCUUAUUGGGCAGAUCAUUAUAUAUUAUGACAAACUGUGUCCAAGUUCUGCUGCAAUAUUUAGUCUGUCAUUCCAUAUACAUCAUCAGUAACUGUAUAAUGGCGUGUUACGCAGA